AUGCGGGCCUCACACUGGACUUUUGGCAUUGCGGCUCUUCUCCUACCUACCGCUCUUGCCCUUCAAGUGACCCCCGACUCCGAAUGCGCUGCUCUAUGUUCCGAUGGUUCAAACUCUACACUCGACGAUGCCAGGGCCACAAAUACAAACUCAUCAGAUAUCGUGUGCCAAGACGACGACUACACAAAGUCAGGGAAAGGAAUCAGAUUCAAGAACUGUCUCAACUGUCUGCAAAAAAGCUCGGAUACAUGGAAAGAAGAGAGCGACGUGUUUUGGUUCUUGCACAACGUCCGGUAUGCCUUUGAUGUUUGCCUCUACUCUUACCCUGAUUCGGUGGAUUCUGGUACCAUCAACUCUCCUUGCAACAUCGAAACCUCCUGUGGAUCUCUUGAGGAUGCUUUAACGAAAUCGUUAUUGAAGUCAAACAUAGAGAAUCAGCUUGACUACUGUGAAGCUGAAGACUCCAUCAUCAAGAGCGUAAGCUAUAAGGAAUGCAUCAGCUGUUUACAAUCAACGUCGAAUCAAAAGUUCCUCGCAAACUUCCUCGUAGCACUGAAAGCUGGAUGCAUGCAAGAACCAGAGAAGGGCGACAUCAUUGGCCUCAGUGGAACAAUAUUCACCGCAACGCUCGUGAACAUCACCGACCCAAACACCAACGAGGCGCUUCCAGGCGAUGACGGUGCUCCUGUUGGCUCCAUGACGACUGGCACUAUCGUGGGCAUUGCAGUAGGAUGUGGUCUUGGACUGGCUGGUAUGGCUUGGCUGAUCUGGAUCUACUGUCGACGAAGCCGACAGCGCCGUGGAGCAGGUAUCAAGAUCGAGUCGCCAUCACCUGACGCUCCAAUGAACCAUCGCUCUAUGUACGGUAUCCAAAAGUCUUCUUACUUCCACGAUGGCACAGGGCAAAAGCUACCAACGGUACAUGCUCCACCAAGACCUGGAGGACAUAUACGGACCAUGUCCAACGCCCAAUACUACGAUGGCCUCGAACGCAAUUCGGAGGAGGGAGUUACAAACGUCAAUUACCACUAUGCACCGUACUCGAAGAGCAAUGGUCCCAACAGCGCUCUCCCAACACACCCAGCAUAUAUCCCACGUGUUGCUAGCAAACUUCCUGAUCCUCGUAUCACCACAACCACCCGCAAGCCAUCCGCUCCCGACUCUUAUUGCCUUCAGACUUACCUCAAAGCCACUGACGACUUUGGAUUAAACCGUGGCAGCUUCAGCGAGGCAGCUUCGAAUGGAACAAACUCGCAGAAUGUUAGCCGAGGCCCAUCGCCUGCUCGACUGAGUGAUGUUGAUGAACCGCUAGUUGUCCCGCCACCUCCUCCACCACAAGCUCCUAAAGCCACGAGGCCAAGACUGCCCUCCCUCACUUUCCCAUCCCUCCACAAACUUGUCAUUCCUAAGAAACAGAACCCCCCGGAGGUUCGCUUGGUGUCGGCAACACCAAUCGCUGACGAAACUGAUCCCACUCGUGAAAUGAGAAUCUCCAAACCUUUGGCUGUUCUUGAUCCUCGGUUCCAGGAUCGGCCUCUUGGAGGAGGUCCAGUGAUAGCAAGCGAGGCACCUGCGGGGUUCAACAGUGAAUACCUGAAGCGCCGCGAGGCAAACAAGUCCCCCAUGCUAAGUGGCAAUAGCCGCGUUUAUGGAUGA